AUGGUUUUGUCUCCUAAAGAAUCGAAUAUUCUCAGCUGCCAACUAUCCAUGCGUCUGAUCCCGUCAGACUUUCGGGCGGAUGGAGGUGAUUCAUGGCGUUUGGAAGAGACUGGAUCAAGCUCUGGGCCUGGUAUAGGCGCUUUAACAAACUGUCUGUUGUCUCAAGAGUUUCUCUUGGUUCGAAUCGGCAGCGAAGUUGCCGUGGUCAUGAGCCUGCCCGGGAACUUUCCUCACAUUUCCCGAUCGACGAUCAAAUCGAUCGACCGAAUGCCGGAUCGAUAUCGAAUCGAUUAUGAGCGAAAGCUAAUUGAUCGAUAUCGAUCGAGCGACGAUGUUGAUCCAUAUGAUCGAUUUCGAAGCUUGGGUCAAUGUGGCAAGGAAUAA